CAUACGUGGGAAGCAGUAGAUGAUGGAACGGUACACUACAAAAUCAACGCCUGUGAAAACCUAAAAGCCACUGAUUGUGGAGGGACAGCAAGUUUUGUUUGUGCUCAUGAUAUCAGCAAGAAUACUUAUGAGCCAGUUGGAACUGCACUUGUGCAAAGUGACAAUAAUGUGCUUGUAUAUAACACUUCUGUAAGCUGUCCUAAGCCUGGCCAUACAGUCCAAAGUAUCAUUAACCUAGUGUGUGGGAAAACUCUAGGGACUCCUGAAUUUGUGAAAUUUGAAGAGUGUGUACAUUACUUUGAGUGGAGAACAUUCACCGCUUGCAAGAAGAACAAAUUUAAACCUGAGCAAGAGGUGCCCUGUUACAUUUUUGAUACUGAUUACAAGAAGCAUGAUUUGAACCCAUUAAUAAGGACCACUGGUGGAUAUUUAGUGGAUGAUUGGGAUCCGGAUUCUGACUUGUACAUUAAUGUUUGUCGAACCAUUGGCAGCUCAGAAGGAGACACGUCAGCCUGUCCUGCAGCAAGUGCUGCGUGUGUUGUCAAGGGUGGCAAGGCUUACGAUAUUGGGCGACCCAAGGAGCCUCUUAAAUCUUAUGUGAAAGAGAGGCUUGUUCUUCACUAUGAAACAGACAUAAAGCCUGAUUUUUGUAAUGAUCAUCAGCCAGCAGUGACUAUAACAUUUAUCUGUCCAACAGCGGGAACUGAGGUUACUGGCCCAAAACUAACUGCAAACUCCAACUGCCGCUAUGAGAUUGAAUGGAUUACAGAGAAUGCCUGUCACACAGAGUACCUGGAAAGUGAUAGCUGCAAACUCAUCAGCAAGGAAAGAGGCAUUUCUAUUGACCUAACUCCCCUGAAAGAAACGUCUGUUGGUGCUUACCAUGCAGAAGAUGACAAAGGUGAAUAUACGUAUUAUCUGAAUGUUUGUGAUAAAACGCAUGGAGGAGAAUGCUCGGGUGAAAUGUCAUCCUGUCAGUAUAAGAAAGCUGGUGGCCAAAGUAAAGGUGCAGGGUCCUACAAAAAUCAGACGCUCAGAUACUCUGAUGGUGACAUUACUUUGACGUAUUCUGGAGGAGAAACCUGUAGCACUGGCUUCCAGCGUAUGACCGUGAUUAAUUUUGAAUGUAACGAAACUGCAGAGAAUGAUGGGAAAGGAGUGCCAGAAUUUGAUGUUGAAGCCGAUUGUACUUAUUUCUUUUCUUGGGAGACCAAAUAUGCUUGUCCUAAGAAGAAAGAAGACCUG